UUACUGUUCUGCAGCUGAAACGAAACACAAGCAGCUGAUUAGCGGAGCAAUGUCUUCACUCAGAGAAGUUUAUGAAGUUGGCUUGGAUUUCAUCGAGUUCUUGGGUGAAAGAAAAUCAAAAACGGACAAAAAAGAGCUUCGAAACAUUUACACCUCCGAGUUCAAAAGGGAAGGAGGACCGAAUUUUUCUAGGUUGGUCUACGCCUUGCUGUGUUUCAACAAAGCCAGUGUAAGAAAGGGAAAAGUUAUCCUGCAUGCCAAACCUCAGGUACGUCUGUACUACUGUGACCAGUGGAGAUCUAGCACACACUCAAAGCCAACUGUAGGCUCGAGACCUGAUGAUGAAGACUGCACCGCUCCAGACACUAGGCAAGGUGCCCCUCACUCAUCACCCAGUGUCAACCCCGUCCUCACACCAAAGAGACGACUGGCUCAGGAAAUCCUUCAAAAACUCAGGGCAAACAGACCACAGCUUAUCUCUGAUAAGGGAGGCAUCGAGAUCACAUCUUCUCCUGUGAGCAGAAAUGGAAAAGUUGUGAUCAAUAUUGAGCUUCUAGACAGAGUGUAUGUGGUGAGGUUUCAAAUCGUAAAUAAAGGGCAAAAGUGCAUUCACUUCACCUUCUACACAGCACUGCACAGGAUACGCUGCUUCACUUUAGUGAGUGAGAGGAGAGUGAGCAGGGUUUCUCCUCUGCUUCUUUGUCCAGGUGAGAGCUAUGCAGUUGAGGUGAAGUACCAAGCUCGCCACUAUGGCUGCUUCCCAGCCACCAUGUACUUUGAGUUCUGCCCCGAGUCCGAGUCUUCAGACCCCCCCAAACCUUUCUGCAUUGUGAGGGAAAUUGAGGCAGUGGUGCACACUCAGCUGGGCACUGAGCUGGGCCCAACGAGUCAGUAUAGAGCCAGACAAAAAGGGCAGAAACGCCCCAAGGACCGACUGGUGGAGGAGGGUGUGCCUCCUGAGAGCAGCAUGAAACAUGCUUUAAAACAAACUGUGAAGCUGAAAGACUAUGGGUACUCAGCUUACCUGAAGAACUUGGUCCAACACUGGAACACUGAUAUUGAGAAACUUUCUCCUACAGCCAGGCAGCAGCUUCUCAGAGUGAGAGGUGUGUUGGAGUCACCCCUGUCUAUAAAGCAGUACGCUCAACGUUUCCACCUUGUCCUACACCUAGAGGAGAUUCAAAUGGAAGAGGAUAUACAGAAGUAUGAUCUGUAUAACCAGACCAUGAAACAGGACAAAACAAACAAAAACCUGCUUGUACUGGAGGUACCUGGAGUGGUGGAGAACAGGCCGUCUGUGCUAAGAGGAGAUAACUUGAAUGUGUAUUUGUCUGAAGAUAAGACCCAACCUAUCAUUAUGUAUAAAGGCUAUGUUCAUUGUGUAGAACUGGAGAGGGUUAAGCUGGGCUUUUCUAAGAAGCUUGUACAGAAGUUCAUUGCCAAUAUGAAGUUCAAUGUGGAGUUCAGCUUCAAUCGUUUCCCACUUAAACUCCAGCAUCGAGCUGUACAGCUGGCUGCUGAACACAGGCUGGGAGACGUGCUGUUUCCCACUCACAAUGGAGUCAAGCAAACAGCAUUGCCGAAGCUAAGGAUAUACAACCGAGAUCUGGAGACCAACCCUGAACAGAAGGCGGCUGUGCAACACAUUUUGUCUGGUCAGCAUAAACCUGCCCCAUACCUGAUCUUUGGCCCACCUGGCACAGGAAAAACUAUCACACUGGUGGAGGCCAUAAAACAGGUGAAUAAAUCUGGUCCUGGUGUCCAUGUUCUGGCCUGUGCUCCUUCUAAUAGUGCUUGUGAUCUGCUGUGUGAGAGGCUACUGGGAUUCGUGGAUGCCCAUCGUCUGUUUCGUCUCUAUGCCAGCAGUAGAGACCCCCGUACAGUUCCACAGAAACUACUGAAAUACAGUAACUGGGUUGAAGGACAGGCCAGUUUCAUCUUGCCCUCUAAGAAAACUCUGAUGGACUACACCAUCAUUGUGGUCACGCUCAUCACUGCUGGAAGGCUUGUGUCUGGAGGCAUCCCAGUUGGUCACUUCACACACAUCUUCAUAGAUGAGGCCGGACAAGCUGUGGAACCUGAAUGUGUUGUCGGAAUUGCGGGUCUUCUCCAUCCUGAGAAGGGCCAGUUGGUUUUGGCUGGAGACCCUAAGCAGCUUGGCCCUGUCCUUAGAUCUCCACUGGCACAACAACAUGGACUGGGGCUUUCACUGUUGGAGAGACUGAUGACCCAAAACUCCCUCUAUCAGAAGAACCAAGAUGGGUGCCAAGGUUAUGACAGUUGCUUUGUCACCAAGUUACUACGUAACUAUAGGUCUCAUCCUGCCAUUCUGAAAAUCCCUAAUGAACUUUUCUAUGAAAAUGAGCUGCAAGUAUUUGCAAAUCAGAUGGAGCGAGAGGCCUUCUGCCAAUGGGAGCACCUUCCAAAACAGGGUUUCCCAGUGAUAUUCCAUGGGGUGAUGGGAAAAGAUGAGAGAGAAGCAAACAGUCCAUCCUUUUUCAAUGUGAGCGAGAUAGAGGUCCUCAUCAGCUACCUCAAAAAGCUCCUGCUAAGUCAGGGAAAGAAGGGUCUGCCCAAACUCAGUGCCACUGACAUUGGCAUUAUUGCUCCCUACAGGAAGCAAGUGGAGAAAAUGCAGAAAGCUCUCAAAACAGUAAGAGAACUACAUCAGUGGAAAGACAUUAAGGUGGGCUCAGUGGAGGAGUUCCAGGGGCAGGAGAAAAUGGUGAUCAUGGUGUCUGCGGUCAGAAGCAGCAGCAGCUAUGUUAAGUUGGACCAAGACUUUAACAUUGGUUUCCUCACAAAUGAGAAGAGGUUUAACGUAGCCAUGACCAGAGCCAAAGCUCUGCUCAUUGUGGUAGGAAACCCCGUCAUCCUGAGCAAGAAUCCAACCUGGCAGAGGUUUUUUCAGUACUGUGAGCAAGAGCAGGGCUACACUGGCUUUGACUACAGGGAUUUUGAGGGGGAGGAUGAUGUGGUGACUCGGCUGGCAUCUUUAAAAAUCCACACCUCCGCUGACGCUCCAGUACCAGUUGAAGAGAAGCAGCCCCAUAUCAUGAUGCUGCCACCAUCACUGUAGGUAUGAUGUUCUUUGGGAGACAAACUGUCUUGUUUUUGUGCCAAACAUAUUUUGUAGAAUUGUGCCCAAAAAGUUCUACCUUGGUCUCAUUAGCCCAUAAGACAUUUUGCCACAUGGAUGCUUUUUCCCUGUGAGAAAGGUCUUCUGUCUAGUCACACUACCCCAUACGAAAGACUGUCGUCACAUGCAGGGAGUGAACAACAUUUGCCAGAUAUUUCUGCAGCUCCUUCAUUGUUGCCGUAGGUCUCUUGGCAGCCUCCCUGAGAAGUUUUCUUCUUGUCUUUUUGUCAGUGUUGGAGGGACAUCCUGUGAUGUCACUAUGGUGACCCAUUUUCUCCACUUGUUGAUGAUGGCCUUCACAGUGUUCCAUGGUACAUGUAAUGUUUAGGAAGUUCUUUUGUACCCCUUUCAUGAUUGAUACCUUUCGACAUUGAGGUCCCGUACAUGCUUUGUGGACCAUGGUUUCAGCAGUCGGAUGAGUCACAUUCCACAUUAUGUUCCACACAUUAUGUGUAUUAUUUCUAUUUGUUUUGAAUUUUGUUGGUUGCUAUAUCAUGUUAAAGGUCGAAAAAGAUCUGACAUGAUUUAUCUUGGUUACAUUUUUUAUAUCACAAAAACCUGCACUUUUAACAGGGAUGUAUAGACAUUUUAUAUCCACUGUAGAUAUAUUAUGAACUUGGAGGACAUCUUUACCACCAUAGCAGCAUAGCUUCUGAUGAAGACAUCUGGAUGAGGACUAUAGACAGUUACCUUCAUGAGAAAGCAGAUAUUAAGCCUGAAGUGUCAAUUCCACAAAGUUUGGAUUGUUACUACAGAAACAAUAAUGGUUCAGAAAAUAGGGUGCUCAUGUGUCACACACAUACACUAUACAUAUACACCCUAUGUUUAUUAUUUUGUCUGUUAGCCUGAAUGUAGCUCAGAAUUAAACCUCACAGCCAUAGUGCAAUAAUUUGCAACCACCAGACCACAACACUGUCUCAAUUAUUAAUCCAGCAGAUCCAGCAGAUUCUUUCUCAUCUCUACAUAUGGCACCUGAACAUGUCUAAAGAUAGUGACAUUGUUAUGGUCACAUUUUUGUUUCAGCCAAAAGUUUUCCACACAUUCCCAGAUCAGCUCAGAGACAUUUUAUAGAAAGCAACAUUUAAGCAACAUUUAAACGAACUAGCUAUUCCACUGCACCCCUCACCCCGGGUAUAAAAAACCUAAUGAAAAAAAAAAACCUUGUCUUUCCAGUCUGCACGAUUCAGAUAUCCUGCAAAAAACUGUGGCUGUUGUCAAGAUUUACACAUUUACAUCUGCAUAUUAUUAAAAAUGU